ACCCCUGGGCGGCAGGCCGGCGCAGAGUACAGGUUCUUCUAGUUUUUUAAGCUGAAGAUGGCAGCGCAGUGCCGAGGAUCCUAACACGCAAAUCGAUACACCUACACUACAUCCCCUGACGCUGCGGCGACCGCGCACACACUCCCCGGCGCGGCGGCGACCCAACACAGGAGUCAAAGAAAGGCAGCAGCAGCGGCAGCGUAACAUCCAAGUUACCUCCACCACUCCAAUAAUCCCCACCCCACCCGAGGCGAUCGGCGAUGUCGUCGGCGGCGCCCCCACCGUCCCAGCCGGAGUCCCCCUCCACCGGCGGGGACAAGGUCCUGGCCACGGCGCAGCACAUCGUCAAGUCCCUCGCCACCUCCAAGAACGCCGCCGACGACAUGAUCCGCAUCCUCUCCGGCUUCGACAACCGCCUCUCCUCCAUCACCAACGACCUCUUCCCCUCCCCGGGCCCCUUCUCCGCUUCCGUCUCCGCGUCCUCCUCCGAGAUCUCCUCUACCGCCGCCUUCGAAGCCGCCGACCAGCUCAUCCAGCUUUGGGACGCCACCCCGGAGGCGCUCGUCUUCGAGGCCCCCGAGGACGACGUCGCCCAGUACCUCGCCGCGGUGGACGUCGCCGUCGAACACCUCGCGCGCGGCGGGGCCGGGGGCGCGCGGGCCGGGGUCGCCGUCCAGCUCGCCAUGGCGCGCCUCGAGGAGGAACUCCGACACCUCAUGGUUCGCCACGCCGUGCCGCUCGACCCCACGGGACUCUUCUUCUCGCUCCGCCGCCUCUCGCUCGAAUCCAUGGACGACCUCGACGCCUCCCCUGAGUUCGACGCCGCCACGCCGAAGAGCCAAGAGGCCGCCGCCGCGCCGGAGACCGCGCGCUCCGCCGCCCUGGGGAUGGGGAACCCGUUCGAAGACCAGAUGUUCGAUCCCGUGCGGCCCGAGGCCGUUGACGAGCUGCGCUCCAUCGCCGACCGGAUGGCGCGCGCAGGGUACGCGCGCGAGCUCGAGGACGCCUACUGCGGUGUCCGACGCGACCUGCUCGACGAGUACCUCUCCGUGCUCGGCGUCGAGCGCCUCAGCAUCGACGAGGUACAGCGCAUCGAGUGGAAGCAACUCAACGACAAGAUGAAGAAGUGGGUGUACGGGGUCAAGACGGUCGUGCGCGUGCUGCUCGCUGGUGAGCGCCGCCUCUGUGACCAGGUGCUCGCCGCGUCCGAUAAGCUUAGGGAGGAAUGCUUCCUUGAAUCCACCAAAGGAUGCAUUAUGCAGAUCCUUAACUUUGGGGAUGCUGUGGCUGUGUGUCCCCGCUCGCCGGAGAAGGUGCCCCGGAUCCUUGACAUGUAUGAUGCACUCACGGAGGUGAUCCCUGAAAUGAAGGACUUGUGCUUGGGCAGUUCUGGGGAUGGUGUGAUCAGUGAUGUGCAGACCAUUCUUGAUAGGCUUGGGGAUGCUGUCAGGGGUAACUUGUUUGAGUUUGGGAAGAUGUUGCAGCAGGAGACAUCACGGAGGGCAAUGACAGCUGGUGAGAUCCACCCGAUGACACGCUAUGUCAUGAACUAUUUGAGGUUGUUGGUUGUUUACAGUGAGACACUUGAUGUCCUAUUGGAUGAUGACAGCGAUGAUCACAAUGCUCUUGGAAGUUCUGAUGAUCAGGAUCAGGAACACCUGGAGAGCAUGACCCCUCUUGGAAGGCGCCUUCUGAAGCUGAUAUCUUAUUUGGAGGCCAAUUUGGAGGAAAAGUCUAAGCUCUAUGAAGAUGCUGCACUGGAGUGCAUAUUUUCCAUGAACAAUUUGCUCUAUAUUGUUCAGAAGGUAAGGGAUUCCGAGCUUGGAAAGAUUUUAGGUGAUCACUGGAUAAAAAGGCGUAAUGGUAAGAUUCGGCAGUAUUCAAAGAGCUACCUAAGGCUUUCUUGGACCAAAGUUUUAUCUUAUUUGAAGGAUGGUAGCCAUGGGAGUGGGAGUGGGAGUGGGAGCGGGAGCGGCAGCGGCAGUGGCAGUGGGCAUUCGAGUUCUAGGAUGUCCAUCAAGGAUAAGUUCAAGAACUUCAACAUGGCCUUUGAGGAAAUCUACAGAAACCAGACACUCUGGAAAGUUCCAGAUCCUCAGCUCCGAGAAGAGCUGAAAAUAUCUAUAUCUGAAAAUGUAAUUCCAGCAUAUCGUGCUUUUUUGGGCAGAUACGGUAAUCAAGUGGAUGGGGGAAGAAAUUCAGGAAAAUAUAUAAAGUAUACCCCUGAGGAUUUGGAGAGCCAGCUCUCUGAUUUAUUUGAGGGGUCGCAAGGGUCUGCCAACCACUCUAGGAGAAGAACAUAAUUCUUGUCAGAUCAAGUUUCAGAUGUGUCAUAGUCUGUUGUUGAUGAUGAUGAUGAUGGAGAAUAUAUGAUGUUAACUAGAAAAACUUUGACUUUUGUACCUUAAAGUUUUGGAUUAUCUGUCUUGUACUUGCAAAGUUAGAAAAAAAGAAAGCUUACCAGCUUGCUCACCAUCUGCUCUCUUGAGGUAGCUCUGAUUUUAUUGUCUCUCUGUGACUUGUGAGCAUCUUGUAUAAGGAACCAUGCCAUCUAGUCAUUGAUGAUAAUAUUGCUCUUUUGUAACUUUCAAAGUUUUACCUUCCAUACACUACUGCCCGAUUCAGCCUCAUAUUUUAUAUAUAAUAUCUUGCCAUUCGCAAUUUUAGCU